GGAAGUCUGGACUAUGUCCUGCUUGAGUACAUUCAUUUGGGCUACUCUCGUGCCUGUGUCUGAGGGAUUCAGUAGAAUGCCGAGAGAUGCCACCGGGGGAGAAAGCUGAUGUGACCCAUUCUCUGUUUUUUUAAAAGAGUUUCACUCUGUCACCCCGGCUGGAGUGCAAUGACAUGAUCAUAACUCACUGCAGCCUUGACCUCCUGAGCUGAAGUGAUUCUCCCACCUCAGCCUCCUCAGUAUCUGGGACUACAGGGUCUUUGAAGGAAGAAGGCUGGAGUGGGAACCUGUGAGGAGCAACAAUAGCUGUGGAGAAACGGGAGUGACAGGUCUUGAUGGUUUCCAUGUAGCUGGUUUUAGAAUUGCUUUUACUCCACAGUGCCCAACAGAGUGACAACUAACAGUCAAGGCUUCUUCGAUACAUACUCAAGCACUUAAUAUUACUUGAAAAAAAAAAAAGGCUUCCAUAAUGACUGUUGUCGUUUAGUAGCAGACCUGGGGGCCGGAGCCGCCUGUGGACGACCAUCCGCCAGCUUCUCUCGCUCCGUCGAUUAGGAGGAGUGGUGGCGACCUCGGCCUUCAGUGUCUCCGACGGAGUGAAAUGGCGGCGGCGGCGGGGAUGAUGUUGCUGGGUUUGCUGCAGGCAGGGUGGGUCGGUGCUGGGCCAGGCGAUGGAGAAGGUGACAGGCGGCAACCUCUUGUCCAUGCUGCUGAUCGCCUGCACCUUCACCCUCAGCCUGGUCUACCUGUUCCGUCUGGCCGCCAGCCACUUGGUCCAGCUGCCCGCAGGGGCGAAAAGUCCUCCAUACGUUUUCUCCCCAGUUCCAUUCCCUGGGCAUGCCAUAGCAUUUGGGAAAAGUCCAGUUGAAUUUCUAGAAAAUGCAUAUGAGAAGUAUGGACCUGUAUUUAGUUUUACCAUGGUAGGCAAGACAUUUACUUACCUUCUGGGGAGUGAUGCUGCUGCGCUGCUUUUUAAUAGUAAAAAUGAAGACCUGAAUGCAGAAGAUGUCUACAGUCACCUGACAACACCUGUGUUUGGGAAGGGAGUUGCAUACGAUGUGCCUAAUCCAGUUUUCUUGGAGCAGAAGAAAAUCUUAAAAAGUGGCCUUAACAUAGCCCACUUUAAACAGCAUGUUUCUAUAAUUGAAAAAGAAACAAAGGAAUACUUUCAGAGUUGGGGAGAAAGUGGAGAAAAAAAUGUGUUUGAAGCUCUUUCUGAGCUCAUAAUUUUAACAGCUACCCACUGUUUGCAUGGAAAGGAAAUCAGAAGUCAACUCAAUGAAAAGGUAGCACAGCUGUAUGCAGAUUUGGAUGGAGGUUUCAGCCAUGCAGCCUGGCUCUUACCAGGUUGGCUGCCUUUGCCUAGUUUCAGAUGCAGGGACAGAGCUCAUCGGGAAAUCAAGGAUAUUUUCUAUAAGGCAAUCCAGAAACGCAGACAGUCUCAAGAAAAAAUUGAUGACAUUCUCCAAACUUUACUAGAUGCUACAUACAAGGAUGGGCGUCCUUUGACUGAUGAUGAAGUAGCAGGGAUGCUUAUUGGAUUACUCUUGGCAGGGCAGCAUUCAUCCUCAACUACUAGUGCUUGGAUGGACUUCUUUUUGGCCAGAGACAAAACACUUCAAGAAAAAUGUUAUUUAGAACAGAAAACAGUCUGUGGAGAGAAUCUGCCUCCUUUAACUUAUGACCAGCUCAAGGAUCUAAAUUUACUUGAUCGCUGUAUAAAAGAAAUAUUAAGACUUAGACCUCCUAUAAUGAUCAUGAUGAGAAUGGCCAGAACUCCUCAGACUGUGGUAGGGUGUACCAUUCCUCCAGGACAUCAGGUGUGUGUUUCUCCCACUGUCAAUCAAAGACUUAAAGACUCAUGGGUAGAACGCCUGGACUUUAAUCCUGAUCGCUACUUACAGGAUAACCCAGCAUCAGGGGAAAAGUUUGCCUAUGUGCCAUUUGGAGCUGGGUGUCAUCGUUGAAUUGGGGAAAAUUUUGCCUAUGUUCAAAUUAAGACAAUUUGGUCCAGUAUGCUUCGUUUAUAUGAAUUUGAUCUCAUUGAUGGAUACUUUCCCAUCGUGAGUUAUACAACUAUGAUUCACACCCCUGAAAACCCAGUUAUCCAUUACAAACGAAGAUCAAAAUGAAAAAGGUUGCAAGGAACCAAUAUAUGUGAUCAUCACUGUAAGCCACAAAGGCAUUUGAAGAGAAUGAAGUGUACAAAACAACUCUUGUAGUGUACUGUUUUUUUUUGAGUGUGUAAUUCUAAAAGCCAGUUUAUGAUUUAGUAUUUUGUUAACUGAAUGGUUCUAUCAAAUAUAAUAGCAUUUGAAACAUUUUCUAAUAGCUAUGAUACUUAUACAUGUGCUUUCAGGAAGUUCAUUAGUAAAACAAUUGUUCAGGGGGGAUCUAGGUAAUUGGCAGAUUCUAAAUAAUAUAAUUUCCAGGUAGUAAUUUUAAGAGUACUCUUAGCUCUUGCCAAAUAAGUUCAGGGUAUUCAAAUCUUGGACUAGUCCUGCAAGGUAUAAAGAAUAAAAAUCCCGGUGAGAUACUUGGAAACCUCAGGUUAUUAUUCAUCUGGGCAAUUAUUGUGUGUGUGAGGAUGGAAGGGUAGGGAAUAAUCGAACAUCUAAAGCCUUGAAUAAGAGAAUACUAAUUCUUUUGGUAUGAUGAUACUCAGAAAUGGAGAUGUUGUAG